UUAGAUCGUGUUUCUGCUUGUGCGCUCUUCUGUCUUCCGCUCGCUCCGAAGAUAACACUCUCUCACCUAAUAAAUUAGUCCUCCCUAGUUUCACUACUUUUGCUUCCUCCUCUCUCUCUCUCUCUCUCUCUCUCUCUCUCUCACUUGUGAUUGCUUCCUUCCUUCUGGCCUGGUCUGCUUAUUCCGCAGGUAGCCUGUUCUUGUUAUUUGGAGAAGGAAAUAAUCAUGAUAAAACGCACACCAAGUAGAAAUCACAGGUCCAAAGGCAUCAAGUUAAGGCAUGUUCUGCAAAUUAUUCUGUUGCUCGGUGUUUGUUUCUGGUUGAUCUACCAGGUUAAGCACUCUCAUGAUAAGAAGAGGGAAUUUGAUGAAAAUGAUGCAAAUGCGUCUGUCAGAAUUCAGAAUGAUGAUCAGAUUCCAAAACUUGGUAGGAAGGAUCUUCAACCUCUUAAAGAUGAUAUAAUUCAAAUUGAACAGCAUGAGGAAAAAGAGGAAGAUGAAAAUACUUUAGAUGAUGAGGGAAAUACGCAUGAACAUGAUGAACAAGAAGAAGGCAGCAAGCAGGAAACAGGAGAAAAUCUAGACGAGCAUGAAUUUAGAGAUCGGGAAGAAGAAGAAGGAGAAGAAGAAAGCAAGCAUGGAGCAGAAGAACAAGAAGAAGAAGAAAACAAGGGUGAAGAAUCAGAGGAUGAUGGAAGAGGAGGAGGAGAUGAAGAGAUAGAAGAAAAUGAUCAACAAAAGCCAGAAGUUGAUGUUGACCAUGAUGAAGAGUUGAUGGAUGAGGAUAAAGAGAGAGAGAAAGAAGAGAGUGAUGAGAAGGAGAAUGAAAAUGGUGAGGAUGAGGAAAAGGAUGGUUCAAUUGAAAACAAAAACACACAUGAGGCAAGGGAGGAACAUUACAUGGCAGAUGAUGCUUCCAGUGCUGUAGCUCAUGAUGCCCAGACUACUAGCACUGAAACUGUGAUUUUGACUGCCGAAAACUCCAAUGAAAACUCAGAAAUGAGUAUUAUGAAACAAGAGAAUAAGCUUAAUUAUACUGAGGAAAGUGGUACAAAUCAUAAUGAUUCACGUAAGAUUACAGGAGAUGAAUCAGAGGGUGGGAAUGCAUCGAAUGCCACUGGUAAUGAAAGUGGAAACACUGUCUUGUCCAGCUCAGCUGAUAACUUGAAUGUAAAUACCACUGCAGCAGCAAACUCUGACGGUCAUCUGGAAGUAAGCAGUAACCACUCUGUUGUAAUCACUGAGGCUAUCAAUAACUCAACUGGAGACACUAUCAACACACCAGGUUCUUCUGAACGGAAUAAAAUGGUGACUUUAUCUGAAUCUGAAAAUGCUCAAAAUACAUCAGUGGAUAUGACAGCCAACAGUGGUGUCAAAAAUGGGAAAACAGAGGAAUUAGAGCAGAGUGAUAGAUCGAGGGAAGAUAACCUGCCAGAUACUAAUUCCGUGGUCUCCAUAAAAAUUGGAAAUGCAGGGGAAUCUUCUAAUUCUGGAGACGGUGAAUCAGAUAAUACAAUAAAUCACUUUGCUUCAAAUGAAACUCGGGACAGUUCUGUAAAUUCUGAUACAAAAGAAAAUAUCAAUGCCUCUGUGGAUGAGAAGUUGAAGGUUCGCUCUGAAAUGGCAGCAGCAAAUGUAACUCAGAAUAGUUCAGAUGCUAAGGAGAAAAAUGAUGCCGGAAAGGAUGGGAAGUCCAUCGAUGAUACCCAAUUGGGUUCAACUAAUAGAACCUCAGAUUCUUCGUCUGUGAAUGGAGCUGCGGAUUUAGUUGAACAAGAUGCCAUUGAUGCUUCUGAUUCUCAUGUCCACGAUGACAUGACAGAAGUUCAAACUGACUUGGAUACGUUGUCGGAUGUUAGAGAUGAUGAGACAGCUACUCUUGAUGAAAAUGCAUUGCCGGAUAUUAGAAAUGAGGAAAAUAUUCUUGAAGAAACUGCCGCAGAAUAACAUUUGUUUAAAAGAUGGCCAUUGGGUUUACGAGAGAGCUUUCCUCAAUUCUCCCUGCCCCCUUUUCUUCUGACCUUUGUUUUCUGUAUGUCGUUGUCAAACUCGUUUAGCUGUUAGAACCUUUUGCUUGACCCAUGAUGUGCUACGAGAUGCUACCAAAGGUACAAAUGUAGUUUAGUGGGUUUUUAGCAUGAAUGUCUGGAUCUGUAUAAUUAAUUUCGACUUUCCACAGCGUACAGAAAUUUAGUUGCCUGCUGUGGUGUUUGCUCCAUGAUCCCUCAUGUAGGCUACGACAUGAUAGCUUCUCUUGGCUAGCGCGUUUCGAACUUUACCAAA